UUAACAAGGUUUCAUCUAUAACAGACUUGAAGACUUAAACUAAUUUAUUAUUCAGUCCAGCCAAGUCCCAUGCAACGACAAAUCUUUAUUACUGUGAAAUCCUCAUAUGGACUUAUGCUGCUUUCAAUUUAGCCUUUAUUUUAAAUAUUUACAUACUUUUAUAGCUGUUUUUUUUUUCUUUUUACCUAAUGGAGAAAAAUAGCCUCUUUCCUGAUGGCAACUUCUUUGAGAACUACUCCUUAUCUGGUCAAUUCACAGAAGAAUCUCUUCAUGACAUUGGCUCCGUGUUUUCUCAGACUGAGCACAACAUAGUUGCUGGCUACUUGAUAACAGCAGGGGUGAUAAGCCUUCUCAGCAACAUAAUUGUUUUAUGCAUGUUUGCCAAGUAUAAAGAGCUGCGGACUCCAACCAACUCAAUCAUUAUCAACUUAGCUUUUACUGACAUUGGUGUCAGUGGUAUUGGAUACCCUAUGUCUGCUGCUUCAGACUUGCAUGGAAGCUGGAAGUUUGGACAUACAGGAUGCCAGAUUUAUGCUGCUUUGAACAUCUUCUUUGGAAUGGCGAGUAUUGGCCUGCUGACUGUAGUUGCAAUUGAUCGCUAUCUCACCAUCUGCAGGCAGGACAUAGUUGAGAAGAUGACUAAACAUACGUACACUACCAUGAUUCUAACAGCUUGGAUAAAUGCUUUGUUCUGGGCCUUUGUACCCAUUGUGGGCUGGGCAAGUUAUGCUCCUGAUCCGACUGGAGCCACGUGCACUAUCAACUGGCGGAAAAAUGACACAUCGUUUGUUUCUUACACAAUGACUGUGAUCGCUGUGAAUUUUAUUGUGCCUUUGAUGGUCAUGUUUUACUGCUAUUAUAAAGUUUCCCGUGCAAUGACAUACUACAGGAACAAUGGAUACCUGGAAAACGUCAGCAUAAACUGGUCUAAUCAGCGAGAUGUCACAAAAAUGUCUGUUGUGAUGAUUGUAAUGUUUCUUGUGGCAUGGUCACCAUAUUCCAUUGUAUGCCUGUGGUCAGCUUUUGGGACUCCCUCACACAUCCCACCAGCCAUGGCUAUCAUAGCACCGCUUUUUGCCAAGUCCUCCACAUUUUAUAAUCCCUGCAUAUAUGUAAUUGCAAACAAAAGGUUCAGAAGAACAAUUUUUGCCAUGCUCCGAUGCCAGACUCGACAGGAAAUUACAAUCAACUAUCCUCUGCCAAUGACUAUCUCCCAAACUCCUCUAACUGUGUAGACCAGCUUUAAUAGAAAAUCAUUUAUAUAUUUUUUGUAAUUCCUGAAUUAAAGUGUAGAUAAGUGACAUAACUGUUUCUUAUAGUUAGGUUAUUUUUUUCUGCCUUUUGGACUUACAAGUGGCAAAAGUGUAACAAGACAACACAAUUAAAGCAACUCAAAAGCAAA